AUGACUGUUCAGAACGGCACCGCCAUCCCCGCUACCAGCGGCGUCAAUGGCAGCAAGGUCGCACCGUCCCUCGACGUGACCGAGCUGCGCGCCACGUACGAGGGCGCCGGCCAGGGCCACGUCUUCGAGUUCUGGGACAAGCUGUCGCCCGUCGACCAGGCCCAGUUUGCCGACCAGCUCGCCAGCAUUGACGUCGCCCGUGUCAACCGCAUUUACAAGAAUGCCGUCUCUGCCGAGGCUCCCGUCACUCCCGACGUCGAGAUCCCCCUCGAGUCGGCGUCGCUCCAGCCUCCCGCGGCCCACCUCCUGGGCCUCGACCGCUCGCGCUCCCCCUCGCCCCGCCCCGAGGAGGUCACCCCCCUCCCCCAGAGCGCAUGUGCGACCGCCGUCAACAACCCCGUUGACGAGGCUCGCUGGCGCGAGAUCGGCCUCCAGGCCAUUGCUGGCAACCAGGUCGCUGUCCUCCUCAUGGCUGGUGGCCAGGGCUCGCGUCUGGGCUCGAGCUCGCCCAAGGGCAUGUACGACAUCAAGCUGCCCUCGCACCGCUCCCUCUUCGAGUACCAGGCCGCGCGUAUCAAGCGUCUCCAGACCAUCGCCGCCGAGGCCACCGGCAAGCCCGUCGACGCCGUCCGUAUCCCCUGGUACGUCAUGACCUCGGGCCCGACGCGCCCCGAGACCACCGCCUACUUUGAGAGCAAGGACUACUUUGGCCUCCGUCGCGACGACGUGAUCUUCUUCGAGCAGGGUGUUCUUCCCGCCCUUUCGAACGAGGGCAAGCUCCUCCUCGCCACGCCCUCGAGCCUCUUCACCGCCCCCGACGGAAACGGCGGUGUCUACGCCGCCCUCCGCGCCCCCCUUGCCCCCGGCAAGCCCUCCGUUCUCGGUGACAUGGGCGCCCGUGGCACCACCUACAUCCACGCCUACUGCGUCGACAACUGCCUGGUCAAGGUCGCCGACCCCAUCUUCAUUGGCUGCUGCCUCGAGCGCAAGGCCGCCCUCGGCACCAAGGUCGUGCGCAAGACCAUCCCUACCGAGUCGGUCGGUGUCCUUGCCCAGCGUGGCGAGGGCUACGCCGUCAUCGAGUACUCUGAGCUUUCGCGCGAGAAGGCCGAGUUGACCGAUGCCUCGGGCCGUCUUGCCUUCUGGGCCGCCAACAUUGUCAACCACUUCUACACGCUCGAGUUCCUCGAGUCGGUCGAGGCCAUGGAGCGCAAGAUGGCCUUCCACAUUGCCCGCAAGAAGAUCCCCUGCGUCGACAUUGCCACUGGCGAGCAGCUCAAGCCCACCGAGCCCAACGGCAUGAAGCUCGAGCUCUUCGUCUUUGACGUCUUCCCCUUCACCAGCGCCCUCACCGUCGUCGAGGUCGCGCGCGCCGAGGAGUUCUCGGGCCUCAAGAACGCCUCGGGCGCCAAGGCCGACACCCCCGAGACUUCGCGCCACGACCUGCUCGCCCAGCAGCGCCGCUGGCUCGUCGCUGCCGGCGCCACCAUUGCCGACGACGUCGAGGUCGAGGUCACCCCCGAGACAUCGUACGGCGGCGAGGGCCUCGAGUGGGCCCAGGGCAAGACCUUUGCCCGCUCCGGCGUCGUCACCUCGGCUGCCGACGCUGCCGCCCUCUUUUAA